CAGAACAAGAUUACAGUACCUCCUACCUCGACGACUAUUUAUCGAACUGUCCUUACUGCACAGAGAGAUGGAAAGAAAGUGGGAAGAGAUUUUCUUCUAUCUUUCCCAACGAUCCUUCCCAGAGGAGUUUCGGAAAUCUCAGAGGCAAAACCUCAGGAGAUAUGCCACCAAAUUCACAUUGAAGGAAGGAGAACUUUACUUUGGAAACAGAAAGGUCGUUAAAACCAAGGAGGAGGCAAAGGAACUUUUUAAAGAGUUUCACAUUUCUCCUACUGGUUUACACAUGGGAAUUGUGAAAACAAGGUCGGCUAUGUGCACCAAGUUUUACUGGCAUGGCAUAUCUGUGGAUGUGGAUAAAUGGGUUGCAGAGUGUGAUAACUGCCAAAGGGUUGGCAGACCUUUGGCUAAUGGUCAGAAACGCAAAUAUGUUAAGCGUUCCCUUGGCCUGAAAUUCAUGAUGGCACAGAGCAUUUUAUUGGAGGUAUGCGUGGAUUCCGUGGAAUCUGCUGUCAAUGCUGAGCGAGGAGGUGCUGGUCGACUGGAGUUGUGUUCAAGUCUUAUGGAGGGAGGUCUCACUCCCAGCCUUGGUCUUCUACAGGUGGUAAAGCAAUAUAUUAAAAUUCCAGUCUAUGUAAUGAUACGGCCUCGAGGUGGGGACUUCCUUUAUUCUGACCAAGAAGUGGAGGUGAUGAAGAAGGACAUUGAGCUGAUGAAGACGCAGGGAGCAGAUGGUGUAGUGGUAGGCGCCCUGACAGAGACUGGAGGGGUGGAUGCAGGUCUCUGCAUGGAGCUGAUAGCUGCUGCUCGUCCUCUGCCUUUGACCUUCCAUCGAGCUUUUGACAUGGCCUACGACCCAGCAGUUGCUCUGGAGACUCUGAUAUCGUUAGGAUUCGAGCGGGUGCUGACGAGUGGCUGCGACAGCUCGGCUUUGGAGGGGCUGCCCGUUAUUAAACGGCUCAUCGAUCAAGCCAAAGGGAGGAUAAUCGUAAUGCCAGGUGGUGGCAUUACAGAGAGGAACCUGCAGAGAAUACUGGAGGGCUCUGGAGCUGAGGAGUUUCACUGCUCAGCUCGCUCCAGCAGAGACUCUGCAAUGAAAUUCAGGAACUCCUGCGUAACGAUGGGAGCUACGAUAGCAGCGCCUGAGUACGGCCUGAAGGUGGCAGAUGCCAGCAAAGUCCGGAGUCUGAAUGCAAUCGCCAAAAAUACCUUGUGAUACCUCAAAAAGAUGAACAGUUGGUUUUUUUUUCAUACAUUCAUUUUCAAAUGGCCUCAGUGUUAGUUUUCUUUAAUCAGAGCAUUAACAUUUAAACAGUGUGUGUACUUUUGCAGCUCAGGGAAAGCACUGCUGUCUUACAUGCUGUUAAUGAAGGUUUGUUCCCGAACAGAAAGCUGUGGAUCAUUCACAGGUGUGUUUGUACGUGCAGAACACAAAAAGAACAGCAUUUCGCACAACAUUAUGGGAAAACUGGAAAAAAGUAUUU